AUGAGGACAAACUCUCAAGCUGAACUGGUGAGUUUCAAUUUAUAUGGAGUAACAGAACAAAACCUUUUCUCUUUGUCUCUUGCAGGCUGGUAUGUGGUCUGGCAAUUGUUUCUGUCUAAAUUCAAAUUCCUGAGAGAACUGAUAGGUGAUACGGGGUCCCAACACGGGGACAACGAGCUUUCAGAGACUGAAGCUGAACAGGAGACUCCACCGUCACCACAGAGAGGUAGACAGAAAUCAGCUCGCCAGCGAAGGGCACCUGCAGAAGAAACAUCUUAAAAUACUCCCUUGGACUACUAACUAGCUAUGAAUGGUUAAGCACCUCUGCACUGUCUGUUGUUCAGUGGCUUGAUCUUACUGAAAAACUGACUUAAAAGGUAGUGUAAAUACCUGUGAACCUUUACUUCUGAACUACACACGUAUGCUACUUUAGUAGAGGCUCAAGGAGGGCUUUGGCAGCAAGUCAUAGAGUACUGGAAGAAAGAAGGGAUAGAGAGAAAAAUAUCUAUCAGAAGAAUGCAGAGCUGCUGUACCUUCCGUUCCUGCAAACAUGAAAACACUUUCUGGACCGUAGCCUAAGCCUUUGCAUUAGUCUAAACAUGGUAAAUGCUUCAGACUUGAAAUGGUUGAUAAAUUAUUUUUCCCUUACAGCAGUACAGGAACUUCUUGUGAAAUUGAGUUUUAUUUCCUUGGCUAUAUAUAAAGAUAUAUAUUUUUUUUCCUUCAACCUUGUAAAAUGCAUGUGAACUUGAAUAACAGUUGAAAGAAUAUCCUGCUUUGGAAAGUAUUCUAAAGUGAGACUUCAGUUACAUUUUAAUAUAAAAAGUAUAAAUGAAAUAAGAAAAAUGAAUAUCAAAUGCACAUGAUGUGGAGCUUAAUCUCCUUUAAGAAAAUGGAUGAUAGUCCUGAUUUCUUGGUUUUGACAUCAGAAAAGGGUUACAGAUAAAACAGUCCUGCCUGAUUUCUGCGUGUUCUUUCUGAGCCUUUUACUCUUAGCCCAACUUCUGUUGGACAGGGGAAGGAGCUUAGAUUAAGUACUCACUGUUUAGUUUUCUGAAGUGUCAUCUUUGUCUUCUAGGGUCUAGGUGCUUCUCUAGCUUACUUGAUACGCUCUUACAUCAGGUAUUUGGUACCAGAUAUAACUUUUUUCCUGGAACCAAUUAAUGCAUUCUGACCAAUUUGGUAGACACCACUGUAACACUUUGAUAGUGUUAUAGCAGUGAAUUUGGUACCUCGUGUUUAGUAGAGAUCUUACUGAUUUUUACCAGUAAUAAGCAGUUGCUUCUGUUUUUAGAAUAUGAAUUAUACAGUUACGUCCACAUUGUACUCCAGAAUUAAGAGCUCCAAUUCUGUUUUUUAGCAACUCUGGAGAUUGAUUGCAUGAGAUAUUUGGAAAGAGGAGUGUGCAUGUGCCACCUCUGAUGUGUGUGUAUGGGGGAAGACUACCCAAAAUAUCUGUUCCAUGGGCAGCUUCAAGCUUUCUCUUAACACUUUGGUACAUGGUGAUGUUUGGAUCAUUGUUCCCUGUAUUUUAAAAACUAUAUUAAACAGGACUCCAAAGUGGUCUUGUACUUUCAGCCAUUAUGAAGUUUAAGCCUGUGACUUCCAAACUUGGUUUGAUUCAUUCACGCUCAGCUAAAACCAAGCAACAUUUAGCUGUUUGAUCAAAUAAACUUUCAUCUGGGAAAAGAGCACUCUCUUUAGUGCCUUUGUUUUAAUUUGUCAGUCUGUGAAUACUGCUAAAAGCUAUUGGGAACUUACAAGCUAUUGUUCCAUUAAUAAAAUGGUUUAGAUGGUUCAGUAUUCAAGUAUGUAAGAUCUGCCCUGUUGUUCCUUGGGACUCUAAAAGUCUAUUUGUGUUUACUGGCAUGUGUGUGUAAGCAUGCUUUGUAUUACAGGGUUGCAUUUUCCAGCAUGAUUAGACAGUGCUAUGCACAUAUGUAGAAAUAUUGAUAGUCUCCUUCAUAUAGUCUUUUUGCUGACAAAGAAAUGCCUAUUUAUGUUUCUAUAGUAGUAAAAUUCACAUCUAUUCAAACUAAUCAAAAGCAUUCAAAUUCUUUUCACUGCUGCUUUCAGUUGUUUGCUCUGCACAGCGUAAUGUGAAAUGAAUGAUAUUUAUAAAUUUUUGUCACAUGAUUAGACUUUCAGCUCAACAGUGCUAAUCAGGUACUGGACUGUCUUUCUCUUUUAAAAAAAAAAAUCUUGAACAUCUUUGUCCUGAGCAUUGCUUAUUUGGGUCUACAAAGAAAGGUUUUUGUUCUGAUGUAGAACACUGACACUCCACUUGCACUUCAGUUAUAGCUAUACAUAAGUGCGCUGAAGAUGGCAAAGGGUUGAUGCUUGUAGUCUCCAAUUGAGAUAAAUGACAGUUAAGUCUGUUUCUAGGUCUGGUAGCUGUGAAGAAAAGUAAAAUUACAGCAAUAUACAUAUAUAGCCAAGGUAGUUCUUGACAUGUAGGAAUAAAAAUUUUGGAGCAAGUUAAUGAAGUUACACGUGGGUUUGAAUGCUGACACUGACCAAAUAUGCAAUAAGAUGAUAGUUAAAACUAAUGGACGUGAAACCUCUGGGAAGCUCAUCUCCUGUAGCUGAACAGCUUCCUUCUGUUGCCUGCAAUACGUAGGUGUACAUUUCACUCCCCAAGUUUAUUUUCAAUCUUUUUUUAAACAGCUGACACUUUUUGUUACUGUUGUUGUGAUGUAGCUGCCAAUAAUGCUGUCUGCCUACUGUAUAACGUUCGUAAUCUUCCUAGUAGCAGGAAAAAGCUUACAUUAUGAGGUUAGAAAGAAUUUUGCAACACUGAUUCUGUCAAUGUGUAUUUUUUUUCCUAUUAAGAGUCCAUAGUUUAAAAAAAAUCUUUGUACAGGGCACUUUGCUCAAACUUGUGAAAGUGAGGCUGUAUGUGUGGAAAAUAUACUUGUAAUAAGACCUAUGUCAUGAUUGCUGGCAGUCCAUUAUACUUAUGUCUUUGGAUAUUUUUUUACCAGUGUGCUUCUGAUAUGUUACUGAUUGAUAAGCACUUAAGUUUGAAUUGACCCAUUCAAGUCAGAACUUAUGAAGACAACAGGUUACACAGUUGAUUUUGUUCAGCAUUUUUAUUUUUUAAACUAUAUAUUGCCUUAUUGUUGCAGCUAUUCUACUGAAUGUACUUUGAAUUCUUAAUUUAAAUACAUUCAUAUCACUUUUGUAUCAGGGGCCAUGUAACUUUGAAUAAGCAGCGAUUAUCUGUAUUCUGUAUGACAGUUGACUGAAAAAGGUUACUGCCAUGAAGGCUGGAACAAAUGUGUAAUGUAGACUGGAAAAAUACAUUAAGUUACAGUUAAAAAUUGAGAAAAAGUGUAGACAACUGUUCCUGCCAAAUUCAUAGUUCAUACCUAUUAGGGAGCCACUAAGGUUGUUGUUGUGGUGAUUAAUGUUAGCCCAUGAGGCUGAUUCUAUGCAGUUUGUCCACUAAGCACUGCUGCUCUAGCUGUUAGCAGUAAAUGCCAUAUACUGUGCUGCAAUCUGUGAGCAACUUGCUGCUUAUUAUCAGGUUUUACACUGAAUUAGACCUGUGUGUGUACUUCUGUUUUGUUUGGAAAUGACCAGCAUAAAGAAUGUCAAUAAGGUCAUUUGCCUCUUCAGUAUUAAGAUACUGUAUGUAAUGCUUCUGUGGUUGUCUGUUUUCAUCAUGUUAACUGUUUUAACUGACUGUACAGAUAAUGAAAAAUAAAGUAACUAGACUUGAUACAA